UUGUGUCAAUAGGUUUAUGAGAUUCAUCUUUCUUUUAUGUCUCGGUAUACAAAGUACAGGUAAAGGCGUGCCCAUAUCACUGACAUUGCGCUGAGGCUGGUGGACGAAGCUGGGUAUAUCUCUAACUUUAUAACUUUGCAGGUAACAGUCAUUCGGAGUAGACAUAGCCUAGAACCUUAUUUCUGUCUAGCUAAGGGUGUAAAACUUUAAGGACAGGCGGCGAAGCAGGUCAAACAUUUCAAGCACGAUGGGGACAGGCACUUUCCUAGUGUCAAUAACAGCGGUUCUGCUAUAUUCUAUUUGUUUCGCUGAGGCUGUGGACGUCGGGGAGAGCUGCAUGUCAAUGGACGAGUGCCCAAUGAACAGUACGUGCACGCAGAGAGGAUGUGACGGCAUGGUGUGUAUUUGCGACGACGGCUUCCAUCCCUUAGAAGACUCUUCUGAGUGUAAAAUGGUCGUGGACUUGGAUGGAUCGUGUGCCAGUGACACCACGGUUUGCUCGGCCGCUAAUUCCCACUGUACCCCGGACACUAAGGAGUGCAAAUGUCAGCAGGGAUACACCCCUGCCUCUGAUAAUCUACGAUGUAAACCCGAACCCAUAGGCUCCACACGGUUCGCUCUUCUCGGAGAGGCGUGUGUAAGUGACAAUGGAGAUAGAAUUAGAUGUACAGGACCGCUCCAAGACUGCGACAAAACACAGUUUCAGCCGACGUGUGCUUGCAUUUCACCGGACUACAGACCAGCUAGCGAAGAGGAGAAGCAGGCCGAGCCUUUUGUCACUGUUGAGUGUAGAGAAGCUAAUUACAGUUUGGGUGCUCCUGUUGAGGACCUUAACUGUGCUGAUCCAGAACCCGAUGCAUACUCUGAUAUCGACGAGACUUGUGUGAGCGACAACAACUGCCCGGAUAACAGUGCCUGCAAACCGAGAGGCUGUGAUGGCAAUGUUUGUGUUUGUAACCCUACCUACUUCCCCACAGCAGACAAAACAACCUGCCUUACGGCCAGAAACCUAUUUCAAUCAUGCAGUGGAAAUGAUACUGUGUGCGUGUUCAAUGGAACCCGUACGAAAUGCAAUGACCAGUUUGAAUGUGACUGUGCUGAUGGCUUCGAGAAUAGGAACAACAGGUGCAGGAGGGAAACACGUGUCGUUUCACCCACUUUUGUGAUCAAAUAUUCACUGUUGGAUGAAAACUGCGGAAAUCAGCGCUCUGGCGGCGUGACCUACAGUUUCAGAUGUGACGAUGAUCUCACUGAUUGUAUAGAUGGAACGUGUAAGUGUUUCGAGGGACUGAGGCCCAGGACGGAGGAAGAGCUGGCCAACGACCCGGAGCCAUUUUCUGAUUGUGUGGACCAAAACUUUACAUUAGUGGUAAGCGCUGAGGAUUGUGAUGUUCCUUUAGAGCUGCCAACGCCGACCACGACCCCGGCCGAGCCACCACGACCCCAGCCGAGCCCACCACGACCCCAGCCGAGCCUACCACCACACCGCCAGCGCCCACCACCACCACUACCCCGCCAGCACCCACCACCACCAAGGCCGAGACCACCACCACCCCGGUCGAGCCCACCACGACCCCGCCAGCGCCCACCACCACAUCGCCAGCGCCCACCACGACCUCCGCCAGCGACCACCACCAACCCGCCAGCGCCCACCACCACCACGGCCGAGCCCACCACCACGACUCCGCCAGCGCCCACCACCACGACCCCGCCAGCGCCCACCACCACGACCCCGCCAGCGCCCCACCACCCACGACUCCGCCAGCGCCCACCACCACGACCCCGCCAGCGCCCACCACCACGACCCCGCCAGCGCCCACCACCACGACCCCGCCAGCGCCCACCACCACGACCCCGCCAGCGCCCACCACCACGACUCCGCCAGCGCCCACCACCACGACCCCGCCAGCGCCCACCACCACGACUCCGCCAGCGCCCACCACCACGACUCCGCCAGCGCCCACCACCACAUCGCCAGCGCCACCACGACUCCGCCAGCGACCACCACCAACCAGCCAGCGCCCACCACCACCACGGCCGAGCCCACCACGACCCCGCUAGCGCCCACCACCACCCAGGCCGAGACCACCACCCACCCCGGUCGAGCCUACCCACCACCCCGGCCGAGCCCACCACGACCCCGCAGCGCCCACCACCACAUCGCCAGCGCCCACCACGACUCCGCCAGCGACCACCACCAACCCGCCAGCGCCCACCACCACCACGGCCGAGCCACCACCACGACUCCGCCAGCGCCCACCACCACGACCCCCGCCAGCGCCCACCACCACGACCCCGCCCAGCGCCCACCACCACGACCCCGCCAGCGCCCACCACCACGACCCCGCCAGCGCCCAUCACCACGACCCCGCCCAGCGCCCACCACCACGACCCGCCAGCGCCCACCACCACGACCCCGCCAGCGCCCACCACCACGACCCCGCCAGCGCCCACCACCACGACCCCGCCAGCGCCCACCACCACGACCCCGCCAGCGCCCACCACCACGACUCCGCCAGCGCCCACCACCACGACUCCGCCAGCGCCCACCACGACUCCGCCAGCGCCCACAACCACUCCACCAGCGCCCACGACAACGGAAAAAAGCAGGUUUGAAUGA